CCGCGCUGCAGACGCGCGUACCCACUGUCUACGCUGAGCCUGUGCAGCAGCGGCUGCAUUCACUCUGUUACCGCCCUGCUUGUUGUAUUUCGUCGCUCCCAGAAAGAGAAACCCGUCUGUACCCCACUCAUACAGGCGGACCUGUUCACAUUUUCACUGUGGAUUUUAAAUCUUUACAGGAGACCGUGGAUUGGAACUAAUUAUUGCGCAUUGGAUACAUUUGAGCGGAAUCACUGUUAGGUUAUUGUUUUUCAAGGUUGGAGACAGUAUGCUAUAUUGAUAUCUAAUCUGCGUGAUAUUGGUUAAUGAUUGAGAAGCACGCGGAGGGGCGUGGAAUUCAUUGACAUCGAUUUGGUCUCCUUGUGUGUAAAACAACCGAUAUAUUUUCUCCCCACUCCUCCCUUCCCUCACCUUCAGCAUGACUUCUCUGUCUGGGACCAAAGAGAGGUCUGUGACCAGCAGGAGCAGAAAAUACGGGAUUACCGACACCUCUCCGACAAAAUCAGCCUCCUUCUCUCCGGAGACAUGGUACAGAAAGGCUUACGAAGAGUCCCGGACCAGCAGCAGACCCGCUCCAGAGGGAGUCGGCUCCAUGCCUAGCUCCACAGGCACCCCUUCCCCAGGAUCUGGCACCUCUUCCCCGGGCUCUUUCUCUGGUUCCCCCGGGACCAUAUCCCCAGGGAUCGGGACCUGUUCUCCCGGGUCUCUGGGUGGAUCGCCAGGUUUCGGUACAGGUUCGCCCGGCUCUGGCAGCGGGAGUUCCCCUGGUUCUGAGAGAGAGAGGGGGAUAUGGUGUGAGAACUGCAACGCCCGGCUGACAGAGCUGAAGAGGCAGGCGCUGAAGCUGCUGAUUCCUGGCCCCUACUCCAGCAAGGAUCCCUCCUUCUCCCUCCUCCUCCACGACAAGCUCCAGGUGCCCAACAGCUCGCGGCGGGCGUGGAACGAGCGUGACAGUCGCUGUGACGUGUGUUCCACUCAUCUGACCCAGCUGAAACAGGAAGCAGUCCACAUGGUGCUGACCUUGGACCAGUGGGACCUGUCCCCCAGCUCGCCCCCCACCCUGCCCAGCCGCAGUGGCCCUCCCCAGGGCCCUGCAGCACCACGGGACUGGGCCUACCUCCUCCCAGCCUCAGCAGCCUACCCCCAUCCACACCCACACCACCCUACCAUGCCUCCGUCCUCCUCUAGUGCAUCAUCCUCAAGCCCCAGCCACACUGCCUCCAACCCCUGCCAAGGUGCAGCAUCUGUGGGGCAAACCUCUGCCCAGGCAGCCUCUUCAGCUCUAGCCCCAGCCCCCUCAUCGCCAGCUCCAUCCUCUGUGCAUCAGGGAGGAUACCCCCGCCAUGGGUCCAAGCCCAGCUCCCUCGGGGUCGGCUUGGGGGUUGAGAGAAGGAACGUCUCUCCGGCACACAGCAGUAAAGCCAGCGGUGCUCAGCCGGCCCAGCCACCCCACAGCCCCAGUAAUAACGGUUCUGGUAGCAGAGCGUUACUGAGCACGGCAGCCCUGCAGGCUCACCAGUACAUGUCUCGCAGCAAUGGAGGAGGAGUCACACUCUACCCCUACCAGAUCUCGCAGAUGAUAUCAGAGGGGUGUAGAGAGGGUCUGACGGAGGAGGCUCUGAAUGACUACAAUGCUGAUCUCCCCGCCCCCUCACCCUCCCAGGUCCCUCCCACUUUGCAGGUUACCACGGCAACCCCAACCACCACCUCUGCCGCUGCAUCGUUCUUCGCCAGAGCUGCCCAGAAGUUGAACCUGUCUUCUAAGAAGAAGAAGCAGUGCCCAGCGCCCCCCCCAGUGGUGUGUGACCCCCCUCUGUUCCCCACCAACUUCAGUGGGACCCUGCAGACCACCCCUCCCCCUGCCCCCCCCUGUCUGCUACGGGCUGCCAGCAAGAUCAAAGACACCCCCGGACUGGGCAAGGUGAAGGUGAUGGUUCGUGUGUGUCCUGUGACUUCCUCAGACGCAGCAGAGUCCAGCUCCUUCCUCAAAGUGGACACCAGGAAGAAGCAAGUGACCAUCAUGGAGCCCUCAGCCAACCAGACAAAAGGGAACACCCCCCAGAAACGAGGAGGAGCCAAUCAGGUCCCGCCUAAGAUGUUUGCCUUUGACGCUGCUUUCUCCCAUGAUGCAUCACAGGCGGAGGUGUGUGCUGGUACUGUAGCUGAGGUAAUUCAGUCUGUGGUGAAUGGAGCCGACGGCUGCGUCUUCUGUUUUGGCCACUCUAAACUGGGUAAAUCCUACACCAUGAUAGGUGGUGACGAGUCCAUGCAGACCCUGGGGAUCAUCCCCUGUGCCAUCUCCUGGCUCUUCAAACUCAUCAACGAGAGGAAGGAGAAGACAGGAGCACGUUUCUCUGUCCGUGUCUCCGCCGUAGAGGUGUGGGGUAAAGAGGAGAACCUGAAGGACUUGCUAUCUGAAGUGGCUACAGGCAGUUUGCAGGACAGCCAGUCCCCUGGAGUCUACCUCUGCGAGGACCCCAUCUGUGGCAUGCAGCUCCAGAACCAGAGUGAGCUGCGAGCCCCCACAUCAGAGAAAGCAGCCUUCUUCCUGGAUGCAGCCAUAGCAGCUCGCUAUAGCAACAGAGCUGACUCCGACCCGGAGGAGCAUCUCAACUCACACAUGCUGUUCACACUGCACAUCUACCAGUACCGCAUGGAGAAGACUGGCAAGGGAGGGAUGUCAGGAGGGCGCAGUAGACUCCACCUGAUAGACCUGGGCAGCUGUGUGAAGGUGCUGGGAGGAGGGAAGGGGAGGGACAGCAGUGGUAGUAGCAGCACCACAGCAGCAGGGCUGUGUCUGUCUCUGUCUGCCCUGGGGAACGUCAUCCUGGCUCUGGUCAACGGCAGCAAACACAUCCCUUACAAGGACAGUAAGCUGUCCAUGCUACUGAGAGAGUCGCUGGGCAACAUGAACUGCCGGACUACCAUGAUCGCACACAUCUCCUCGUCGCCUAGCAACUUCUCUGACACGCUCUCCACGAUCCAGAUCGCCUCGCGCCUCCUCCGCAUGAAGAAGAAGAAGACCAAAGUCAGCAUGCAAUACACGUCCAGUUCGUCAGGGGGUGAGAGUUCGUGUGAGGAGGGGCGUAUGCGUCGCCCCACUCACCUGAGACCGUUCCACUCCCGUAGCUCUGCAGACUCAGACCUGCCCCUGCUGCACCUCUCCAGCGACCCAGACAACUACUCCAGCAGCGAGCAGUCCUGUGACACUGUCAUCUAUGUGGGUCCCAAUGGGGGUGCCAUCUCGGACCGCGAGCUGACCGACAAUGAGGGCCCGCCAGAGUUCGUCCCUGUCAUCCCUGUUUUGCCGACUACGCCACCUCUGCAGCAGCAGCAGACAGUACUCCCCCAGGCUCAGCUUGUCCCUACACAGACACACACCCAGCCCACUACCGAGCCCCUCAACGCCCCCAACCAGCCCCCACUCCCCCUUCUCCAGCCCCCAUUCCCUCUCCUCCAGCCCCCGCUCCCCCUCCUCCAGCCCCCAUUCCCUCUCCUCCAGCCCCCAUUCCCUCUCCUCCAGCCCCUGGGUCAUCCCCUGCCCCUGCCAGAGGAAGGGGCGGAGUGCCUGAAGUGCAACACCUUCGCUGAGCUGCAGGAGCGUCUGGGGUGUAUCGACGGGAGCGAGGAGGUGGCAAAGUUCCCCUUCGAGGAGGUGCCGGCUAACAGGGGGGCUAAGCCCGACACCCUGGUUCCCCCAGGGUAUGAGAUGGGGCGUAAAGGAGGGGUGGUGGAGGAGGUAGAGCCCCUCAGGAGGAUGUCCAACGACCAGCAGCUCCAGGAGAUCAGGGAGGUGGUGGAGGAGGCAGAACUGGCCCAGACCAUGAUAGAGAGUCUGAGCCUGACCGGCAGCUGCAGUGUGACGGGAAGCAGUGGAGCAGGACAUACCAACACCAACCCUCUACAGAGGGCCAAGAGUGCCAGCCUCCAUGACAGUCGUGAGUCUCUGAGCGCGGGCAGUAGCAGUGAUGGUAAGCCCCGCCCCCUGGGCUCUCCUCGGCUGGGCAUCGCAUCUCUUACCAAGACCUCUGACUACCGACCUCCCUCCUCACCCUCACAGCGCUGCAAGGUCUACACCCAGAAGGGUGUGAUGCCGGGAACGCCCCCUCUGUCCUGCCAGAGUCUGUCUACUGCAGACAGUCUGACUGCAGACAGUGUGAGGUCCUCUACAGAGUCCCUGCUGCAGCCGGUGUCCCUGUCCAGAACCUCCCCCGCGGGGAUGAGUCCCCGGGACCUCAAACGAACCAACUCCUCGUCUGCUAGCCUGGGGUCGGCUGAGACACUGUGUGAUGAGAAUGUUCCUCAGAUUCCUCUGGAUGGACGCAGGGAUACCCCAACUCCAGCCCCCAACCCUAGCUCUCUGGGGGAAGACGAGCUGGUGUUUACACUGGGGUGUAAGGAGGGGCUGGAGGUCCGGGGCCUGCUGGAGGGUGGCAGCCGUCCCACCAGCAUCAUUAGCUUCAGCAGCGACUGUUCCGUCACUGCACUGGACUCGGGGUCCCGCCCUAUCUCCAUCAACAGCAGCAUCAUCGAGGACCUGGAGCACUAUGGAAUCAACACUACUGUCAUUGCUACGACCACCAGGGUGAUCCCCAUAACAACCGCCUCCGUCGCCGGAGUGAUCGCCAUGGCGGAGGUCAGCAUGGCAAAGCUUUGUGUGGAAGGAGAGGCGAUGGCGGCGGUGCCUAGCCGACGGUCAUCCAUCUCAUCGUGGCUCAGUGACCUGAGUGUUGUUAGCGACGGAGAUCAGUCUCUGCACAGCUUCAGCCAGUCCCAUGGACACGGGGAGGCUCUGGCCGAACCAGACCCCACACCGGUCCCUCUCUGUGGGGAAAAGGAGCAGGGCGAGGCGUCCCUGGGUUAUGGAGGAAGGGAGACUCCUGAGAGCGAAGUAGCAUUGUCUGAAGACGUAAAGGGGAGGGAGACUAAAGAGAGGCUGAAGAGACUGCCCCCCUCCCUCAGUAAGACCACCAUCUCCCUCUCUGACAUGCAGACCCUGGGGGCCUCCAGCAACUUCCUCCCCUUCAGGACCAACAUUACAGUCCACCCCUGUGUGGCCGUCAAACCCAUGGUCAUACUCUCCUCCCUUACCAAGACUCACCUGCUGCCCAAGGACCCAGCCAAGACUGCCUCAGCCCUGGUCCUGGCCUCCAUGUCCAGCGAGCUCAGCUCCGAUGACCCCUGGAUGAAGAGAGACAGAGUGGACGUGAGGCCCAAGGAGCUGGUGUGUGAGGUGAAGCCAGAGAAGUGGGUGGUGGACCCACCAGUCAAGACAGACCCAGCUAAGAGCAGCCAGGCCUGGCCCCAGGGUGACAGGGCCAGCAGGGUGGACAGUGGCUAUGGAGGGGACCGUCACAGCUCCAGCAGCGGGGAGGCCAUCUCCUCUCCAGACUCCUGUAAGAGGGUAGUGGACGGCUCUGAGAUGGUGCUGGUCAGUUCUGGGGAGUGUCUGGUGACUCCUGUCUACUCUGCCGACAUUCUGCGCACCGCCAGUCUGCCCCGUGGCUGGCACCGGCUCAACCGCCACGACGGCCUGGAUGAGGACCCACUCCGCUACGACGCUAACGGAGGGGGGGGGGAGUACCGAGGUCUGGGGGUCACCUCUUCCACCCCCUGUAGUCCCAGGGCGACCCUGGACCGAAGUGGGUAUUCCGGGAAACAUGGCCUGUUUUCCCGCCAGAAAGGUAUACCACCGCUGCCACCAGUACGCAAGUCCAGUCUGGACCAGAAGAACAGGGCAGAAGGCCCCCUCAGCCCCAUGCACGCAGCCAGCCAUGGCCUCUCCUUCUUGAGGAGUACCCCGGAGGACCUGGGCAUGCCUGGUGGAGGGAAACACAAGGGGUGCAAUGUGGAGAGCAGCAGGUUAUUCAGUGCUAAACUAGAGCAACUGGCUAACAGAACCAACUCUCUGGGUCGGUCCCAUGGAGGUCACAGCUCUCAUGGCCCCCACUACGACUGCCUCUCUUUGGAGAGGGGGGAGGUCCUCAGCUCCUUGGGCUGGAAGGUGUCAACCGGAGGGGGGAGGGGGGACUGCACCAUGCCCCGUACCGGACGCAGCCUCACCCGUGGCGGCUCAUUGUCAUCCUCCUCCCCUAAUGGGAACGGUUUCGGUAACAGCCCUGGCAGCGCUCCCCAGUCACCCAAGUCGAGCCAGUCCAAGAUCUCAGCGGUCAGCAAGCUCCUGAUGGCCAGCCCUAAGGCCCGCAGCCUGUCGGCCUCCAGCACCAAGAAGCUCAGCUUCUCCACCAAGUCUCUGCCCCAGUCUGUCAACCGCAGCUCCAGUCUUCCUCCCAACGGAAAGCCCCAGGCCCAGGGUCAGACCUCCAUCCAGGGUCAGGGACAGAACCAGGCACCCAGCUCUGGCUCCUGGUCCACCCAGUCUCUGAGUCGCAACCGAGGGGGAGGCCUGGCCGCCAAGCUGCCACUGAGAGCCGUCAACGGACGCAUCUCUGAGCUGCUCCAGGGCAGCGGAGGCUCUCGAUCCGCUGGUCACAACCGAGGAGGAGGCUCCGAGGCUGGGGAGGAGAGGGGCGCUGGAGGGGGUGGAGGUGGUGUCGGGGCACAGGGAGAGGAAGGACCCAUGGUAGUCCACACCCUCCCGUCUCCCUACAGUAAGAUCACAGCGCCCAGGCAGCCGCAUCGCUGCAGCAGUGGUCAUGCCAGUGACAACAGUAGUGUUCUGAGUGGAGAGCUGCCCCCGGCCAUGGGGAAGACAGCCCUGUUCUACCACAGCGGGGGCAGCAGUGGCUACGAGAGCAUGUUGAGGGACAGCGAGGCCACAGGAAGCACCUCCUCUGCCCAGGACUCUCUGAGCGAACACAGCUCAGCCACCAGCAGCAGCCGCCGCAGCCUCAAGAACAACAAGAAGAAGAACAACAGCACAGGUACCCAGCGUCGUCGUCUGAUUCCCAGCCUGACCCCGGACUUGUCCUCUCCGGUCAGGAAGCCUGCCAUCAGCCCAGGUGUACGCUGGGUAGACGGGCCGCUACGCCCCGCCCCCAGGGGAACCACAGAACCCUUCGAAAUAAAGGUCUACGAGAUAGACGACGUGGAGCGCAUGCAGAGGAGAGAGAGAGGCAACAAGGAGGUGGUUCAUGUCAGUGCUCAGCUGAAGAUCCUGGGAAACAGGCAGCAGCAGAUAUCUGAGGUCCGAGCCAAGUACGACUGGCUGAAGAAAGAGCUGGAACAGACCAAGCAGCAUCUGAUGCUGGAGCCCGAGAAAUGGACCACUGAAUUUGACCUGCAGCAGACGUUUGAGGUGGACUCUCUGGAGUACCUGGAGGCUCUAGAGGUGAUGACAGACAGACUGGAGACCAGGGUCAACUUCUGCAAGGCUCACCUCAUGAUGGUCACCUGCUUCGACGUCACCUGCCGACGCAGGUAGAACGAAGAACGGCCAGGCGGACCACACCUCCUCUAGGACUCAUGGGAAGUGGAGACAACACAACAGGAAGAGAGAGGGAUGGAGCAGAGAGAGUGAUUUCCCUGAGGAGGUGCAGAGGCAGACAAAGGCAUCCGGAGACUAAAGAGGAAUAUUUUUUUAAUUAGCGGGGAAGGGAGCGGGAGAAGAGGAGGAGGAAGAAGAAAAGGAGGAGGAGAGAGAGUGUUUUAAAGAAGGAGUAAAUCUGCCACGGACAGGAAGAUCACUUUUGCAGAGCAGUUGUUGGAGUUUGUAAAUAAAGUUUUGCUUGCUUUGAAUAAGGCCUGGCUGCCGGAUGGCUAUUAGUCACGUAGGGAAACAAAGAGAAAAGAAUGACAGAAAGGACAGACAACCAACCAUGUGUGAGAGAGACAAGUGCCUUGUGAACACUGACAUCUGAAACAUUUCUCCUGUAUUUGUGUACAAAUGGUGCUCGCUGAAAAAAAUGAUAGAUCUUCAAAGUCAAAAUCACAUGAAAAAAGUUUCUCUGUUUCCUCUCCCUGCCCAGCUGUUCUCAGUGGUUUGUACUUAUAUAGUUCUACACUAGUUAUGAUGCAACAUAUGAACUGUUGCGUGUUCGUUUUUUCUACGUGUUUUUUUAAUUCUCUGAAGAAAGUGGGACCACACGAAGUGCUUUAGGGGAUGCUAUAUACAGGUGGAGGAUCUUCAUUUGAGACAGUUUUCUACAGCAGGAAAAUAAUCCUGCAGCCACAGGAAAUGUGAAUUAUUAUGUGGAUUAAAAUUAACAGACACUUUUGUAGGGGUUGAUUACAUUUUGUUCGUAAGGGAAAAUCAAGUCCGACAUUUCUAAGGAUAAAUUACAAACUUCAGAAGCCUUUUAAACUUAAAAUACACUACAUUUAAAAUGUCCUGCAUUGCAGGAAAGUUGUCCUGCAACAGGGUGAUCAAAUAAAGAUCCUCCAUCUGUAAGGACAGACAAUGUGAAUGGUGGUGGUGAAAUGCUAAGCCAAAACAUGGUUUCUGUUAUGGACCAUUGAUUUCCUUGUCACCACUCGGGCUAUGGUUUUGGUACCCGAAGUAUGCAGUUGUGGGUUCAGGCCUACCGACACCAAUCCCCCUUCCGACUAACACCUUGACCAGACCGUCCACAUUGCAUUCGUGAAUGUUGCAAAAUAAAUGGUCACACUUUAUUUGGAUCGUUUGGAUAGCAUCUGUAGAUGCUCUACUAUGAUGUCAUACUAUCAACAAACUAGCUGUUGAUAAGAAACUGUUUGCUGAGGUUACGGUUACACAUAUAUGUUAUUCAAUCGUUUCAUCCAAACUGCUCGCGCACGUGAAUGAGCGUCUGCAUAUGUAAAAUAGAACUUUAUUUGAAAAGCUCGAAAAGAUUCAUGUUCCGCCUCUCUCAUCUACUCAUUGGUUUUCACAAGCAUACAAUCACCAUGUGGGUGAUUGAAAGAUGAGAGGAGAGAUUCAUCAAAGAUAACUUAACUAAAAACUAACGAGGUUUCCCCUUUUAUCUGGGAAUUAAUCGUCAGAGUAGAGAAACACACAAUUCGACAAAGACCCAGGAAUAAAAUAUUUUAAUUAACCUGGUGUGUCAUGAUCUCGUCUGGUGGGGACAGACAAAAUCAACAUGCGCACGUUGGCAUGCGCAGAGCCGGUUUGGUUUAAGGUGUGAAGAUGAUCAAGAGGUACAGAGAGACGUCAACUAGAAGGGAGGAGAGAUGGAUGGAGGAGAAAAUGCUAGAGGAAAUAUGGGUGUAGCUAUGUGAUGAAUGGGUUAAAGUGAAGCUGGCCUACAGUAUUCUAUAGGUCUAAGGCUGCGUUCACGCUGAUCUGAUCCGUUUUACACUAAUUGGUCAUUUGACCAAUCACAUCAGAUCUUUUUCCGAGCUGAAACCGAUAGGUCAAAAGACCAAUUAGGUUAAAAAAAAUGAAAAAGAUCAGAAUUGGACUGCCUGUGUAAACACAGAUGGAUGUCUGAGCUAAAUAUGAGCGUAGAGGAAAACCUCCAUUCACUCUGCUUGGUGCCACUGUCAUGGUGCAUUCACUUUGGGAAUAUUUUGUAAAUAUAUAUAUAUAUAUAUGGUGCUUGAGACCAUUUCCAAUCUAAAUGUUUGUAUAACUAUAUGCAUAUAGCCUGUUUCCUAAAAUAACUUUAAGACACAAAUGCUUCUUCUUCAUCAUCUUAUCAUCAUCCUAUUGUAUUAUGUACAGUGUUCUUGGGUGUUUUGAAUGGUGUUUAUUUAAGUGGUAAUGCCAGAGAAGCCGGUGUCUGGAAGAUAUACUCUGAUAUACUCUGUCAGAUGGAACAGGGUAAAAAGGCAUUUUAACGUCAUAGAUUUAGCCAGUGGUAACUUGUAGAAUGGACACCGACUGGAAUGUGGUUUUAACCAAUCAGCAUUCAGGAUUAGACCCACCCGUUGUAUUAACAUGAAAUGUAUCAUUUGUAUUAUUCUUAUUAUCAUCCUCAUGCCCUUUACCCUUUGACCUCUCCCCUCUGUUAUGGUCAUGAAUGAAGGAUCUUGUUAAUUUAACUCAAGACGUGCUGGAACAGAAAGUUGCUUAUAUUGUAUCAUUUAUUAUCCACACACCUUCUGGUCUGCAAAGUUACUAUGCAUUUAAAAAAUAGACAGAAAAUAAUUGUACAUAUGCUGAGCCCAUUUCAUAUAGAGGUAUAUUCCAACAUAGACACUUAACAUUUUUAUUUUAGUUAUUUAAUUUUUCCUGCUCUGUUUUUGUUUGCAACUGUUACGUCCUCCUUUGAGAUGGGAAGCAUCUGUUUGAUUGAUGGGAGUAGGAAGAAGAUGUCCCUGGAGGCUGAUCUAAGGUCAGUUCUGUACCCUCUAAUGGUUAAUGAUUAGGACUCAGGGUGGGUAAUCUGGUCCUAGAUCUGUUCCUAACUUCAACCUGGAGCCUGUUGAUGAUGGUACUCUCCAGGGUCACAUUCAGGAUGGUGGAAUGUUUCAAAACCUGCACAUAUAAAUGUAUCAUGUUGAACAGAUUGUCUGUUUUGUAUAACAGGGAAUUGAGUCCACUCUCUUCGCUGCAUUUCUAACAAUCAAACGUCUCACCUUCCUGAAUACACCCUGGGCAACCCAUGGAAACGUCUCACUCCGGUGUCAAAUCAAAUGUAUUUAUAUAGCCCUUCUUACAUCAGCUGAUAUCUCAAAGUGCUGUACAGAAACCCAGCCUAAAACCCCAAACAGCAAGCAAUGCAGGUGUAGAAGCACGGUGUCGUGGUGUCUUGGUUGUCAGGGGGUCUGAUAUGUUGUAGAGAGAUCUAUUUCUCUGGCUGUACAGUCUGUGGGGAGUGGGAGAGGUACUGUAGCUAGCAGGGUUGGCCUCAUCAGUCAAUUUUAGGAAGGGAAAUGAUAUUCAGCCAAAACAUCUCCUGAAAAGAGUGAAUAGAAAUGGGAUGGACCUGUAGUCCAUCCCAUGCUUGCUAGGCUUUACUGUGCGGUGGCUGGGCAGGGUGUGUGUGCUUUCAGGAGGCACAAACAGGGGGAAAUAAACCCUUUUGAAAUGGGAAACUAACAUAGUUGGACCAAAAACAUUUCCUCCUAAUUGUGCCUGCUCAAUCUGACCCAUGUCUGUGUGUAACUCCAUCAUCAGAAGCACUUCUGAUGGACAAACGGACUGAGAAUCUGACGGUGACAAGGAUUGCUGUAAAUAAAGGAUUGUA